AUUUAGCUUUGCCAUUCGCGAGAGCCCAACCUUAUUCUUCUAAAAAACCAACCUUAUUCACCUCCAUGGACAGUGGAUACGACCAGACUGGCCACUAGAUACAAGUCACAUGACAAACACGACAAGUCGCAUUUGGCCAUUCCGGUAGCCAGGCGUCACUCGCAAAGCUUAGCAGUCAGCAGCAGUAGGUGAUAAUAUGUUGCAGGCCCGCUACGAAUGGAUGACGAGUCUGCUCUAAUCUUUGACGACGAAAAGACAAGUUUUGCGGUCGUUGUUGGCCGGCUUUUCUUUCUUCCUUCUUUCUUCUAGAUCCUUGUCUCCACGCUUUUCAGAAGGCCCAAAUGCACGUUAACGAUUGUUUCGUGCUCCGUUCCUUCCGUUACAUUUUUUAGUGGCCAGUGCUCGAGUGAGUGGUCGUGUUCAUGCCUUCUUAAAUAAACACUCCGACUCUGCCUUCGCUAUUUAGCUUUGCCAUUCGCAGAGCCCAAAUCAGACAGAGCGUUCUGUUUUCUUUGACCGAAACAGAGCCCACUCUUCAGUGGUGUCAGAAUCUGGCUGUCCCCGAGUGAAGAAGAGAGCAGUAGCGGCUGACUGAAAAUGCGCGCGGACAUCCGAGCCGCUCACGACGCGAAGCACCAAGAAGGGUGCGAGACCGACGGCGACGGCACGGAGUCCCCCCUGUACGGGGACGUGCUCGAAUCGGUGGUGGAGCGCGUGACGGCGCCGGACCUGGCCGCCGCGGCGUGGGUCUCGCGCGAGUGGCUCCGCGCGGUGCGAUCCACGCUGCGCCGGCGCCCGCGGCGGCUGCCCUGGCUCGUGGUCCACCGACGCCGGACCACAGCCGCGUACGACCCCCACGCGGGCGCGUGGCUCGCCGUGCAUCAUGCCCCGCGCAACGCCACGCCGGCGCACGUGCGCCUCGUCCGCGGCGCGCGCGGGGACCGCGUCUGCGCGCUCUCCUCGUCCGGCCUCGACGUGGCCGGCGACCCUCUGGGUCUGGGGACGCCCGCCGCGCGCGUCGUCCCCAUGAAGGCUCCGGCCGUGUGGCGCGUGGACCCGGUGCUCGCCGCGGUGGGGGACCGGGUGGUCGCGCUCGGCGGCGCGUGCCGGCUCGCGCUCGCAGAGGGAGAGGACGCCGCGGCCGUGGAGGUCCACGAAGACGGCGGCUGGACCGCCUGCGACCCGAUGCCGCCCGCGCUGCGUGAGUCCGCGGCGGCCACGUGGCUCUCGGCGGCCGCCACGGAUCAGAGAGUGUACCUCGUGGACAGAGCCACCGGGUGGGCGAGCUGGUUCGACCCGGCGAAGCGGCGGUGGGGUCCCGUCCGUCAGCUCAGGCCGGACGCCAGCGUUUCCACCUGGGCCGUCGCGCCCGGCCGUGCCGCUGCUGGCGCUGACGCGGAGCGGCUCGUCCUCUUCGGAGCGAAGCGCGAAGAGAACAAUGUCGUCGUCCAAACGUGGGAGGUGGACGGCGACGCUCUGGAUCUGUCGUCGUCCCCCGGCGCGGCGAACGACGCCGCGAUGCCGGGGGAGAUGUCGGAGAAGCUUUUCCCCCGCGAGGAGGACGAGGGGGAGAUGUUCUUACCGUCGAUCGGGGUGUGCGGGAACGCUGUGGGAGGGUACGUGUACAAUGCGGCGGAGCUGGGCAACGGCGCCGUGCUCUACGAGCUGCGGGAGGGGCGGCAGAAGGGGAGCGCCGUGGAGCGGUGGGAAUGGGUGCCGUGCGCGCCGUCUAUGCGCGCCGAUCCCGUGGGCCGCGCCAUCCUCGCGAGCUCGCCGGUGGGGUUGGACGAGCUCGUGUUCCCAUCACGGGCAUGUUAGAAUGUUGACUCAACCACCGCGGUUGGAAAAUCAAACUGUUGCGUUACUCAAACUAUUGUCUUCAGGAGCAGUCGCUCCCAAGUCCCAAUUUCGUUGCAGAAAAUUGAUCACCAGUCAAAGUUCAGCCAAGUCUCCACAAACACCAAUAGGGUAGGGUACCAUCCCGUCAACGAGGACGCGCAUCUUUAAUCUUGAUCAACCGCUACCAGCAACUCUAGCGACCAUGCUAGCCAGUGGGUAUGGCAGAUUACCAAUCUUGGAUGGAAGUGGCUGCUCAUUGGAAAUACAAGAUAAAAACAUAUACUCACUCCGUCCUGAAUUUGUGUCACUAUUCAAGAUGGUUUUACAGCUCAGGGGGCCCUUUCCGGAAAAAAAAUUGGGUGGGCGCCUGGCUCACCCGCGCCCCCUGCGCCCCUCGUCCCGAUGGAGCAGGCUCCCGAUCGGACGCUCCCGCGCGCGAUGGCUCUGAAAGCGUUUUCCCUCGCGGCUCGCCUGGCUCCGCGCGUCGGCUCGUCCUCAUCCGCUGCCCGCCAUCUCGAGCUUCUGCACAGACAUGGAUCGGAUCGGUUUCGUCCCGGCACCGGCCCCGAUUGCCGCCGCGUCCUCGAUCUCAUGAAUCAGAAUCCUUCACUUUCCCUCUGCAGAUUUCUUCCAGAUUCAGCUUAUGGCCGGUUCUAAUUAAAAGCAGAUCGCGGAAAUGGUUCUAUUUGCAGUUUGUACCUGAUCAAACGCCAACAUGUUUCAAACUUUCAGACUUUCAGUACA